GGCGCGGGCCCGGGGCCUGGGCGGGCGAGUCUGGGGAUGCGCGCCAGGGGCGGUCGCCACGCACCGGCGGGACUGACAGUCGGCCGGGCGGUGGGGCCGGGGCCAGCCCGCGCACCUUCGUGGGGAGGAAGCGAGGUCCCCGGGAGGAAGGAGUGGAUUUGGUUUCCCCGCAGUCUGGCUUACACGUAGAGAAUGCAGCCAUCUGGCGGCUUGCUGUCCCUGGACGUGCCCCGAAGGUGGGAAGGAAGGCUUUCGGAUUGGACUAAGGUUUUAAUCUUCGGUGGGAGGCGGGGAGGAUCUGCCGGGCCUGAGGAGCAGUAGUCUUCGAGAACAAAGAAUUAACAGAGCACCCACAAGUCGUAAUCUUGCCCAAAGUACUGUAACAAGAUAAUUUAAACAAGGUUAGGUAGCAUACGACCUUUAAAAAAAAAAAAAUAGCAUCCCACUAACCCGCAUGGACUCCACGGUGCCAUGGUUCGUGCCACGAAUCACUGGGGUGGUUUGGGCUUUCUUAGUAUGGAAACUAAUUGGCAAAAUAAAGUGGUUGAAGUUGGGCAAAGAUCAGACCCCUUUUUAGAAAGGUGUUCUGAACACCACUGACAAUACGGUUCUGACAGUAUUUCAUGACAAUGGAUGGCGACAGCGCUACGACAGAUGCUUCUCAACUAGGCAUCUCUGCAGACUACAUCGGAGGAAGCCACUAUGUGAUACAGCCUCACGAUGAUACUGAAGACAGCAUGAAUGAUCAUGAAGACACAAAUGGCUCAAAAGAAAGUUUCAGAGAACAAGAUAUCUAUCUUCCAAUUGCAAAUGUAGCAAGGAUAAUGAAAAAUGCCAUACCUCAAACGGGAAAGAUUGCAAAAGAUGCCAAAGAAUGUGUUCAAGAAUGUGUAAGUGAGUUCAUCAGCUUUAUAACAUCUGAAGCAAGUGAAAGAUGCCAUCAAGAGAAACGGAAGACAAUCAACGGAGAAGAUAUUCUCUUUGCCAUGUCGACCUUAGGCUUUGACAGUUAUGUAGAACCUCUAAAAUUAUACCUUCAGAAAUUCAGAGAGGCUAUGAAAGGAGAGAAAGGAAUUGGUGGAACAGUCACAGCUACAGACGGACUAAGUGAAGAACUUACGGAGGAGGCAUUUACUAACCAGUUACCAGCUGGCUUAAUAACUGCAGAUGGUCAACAACAAAAUGUUAUGGUUUAUACAACGUCAUAUCAACAGAUUUCUGGUGUUCAACAAAUUCAGUUUUCAUGAUCUGAAGAAAUGGUGGCAUGGGGAGUGGAGAGAAGCAAAAGAGUCUGUACGAUUCUGGAAACAGAGACAUUAGAAGGAAGUGACUGGGGAAAAGAUGUCUCUUUGUAUAUUAAAUAGCUGUAAUGUAGCUUCCUGAUGCUUGACUAAUUGAGGUGUUAAUUGAGAAUCUUUUUCAUGAAUGAUUUUAAAGAAAAAUUUGGAUUUUAAAGGUAUUAAAAUAUUUUUGUUUUGUACGAGAGUUUGUUGCUCUGUAUGACUCCUGUAUGCAUUGUAUAUUGCAAUUUAUUACUGUCAGAGAUUUGUAGACAGUUUCUUAUUUUCAUAUUGAAUCAUGUUACUUUUGUAAUUCAAGUAAGCAGCUGGGUUAAUUCAUGAUGUUUGCCCUUUUAAUAAAAUACAAGGGUAGAGUUCAUUUUGAAUGCAAGUUGCCUUUAUUAUAAAUUUGAGUUUGUCUUGGUUAUUAUAAUAUCUUGCAUGGUAACCUAGCUAGAUUUUUAGCAUUUGCCAUAUUUAUUAAAAUUAAUUUUUUGUAAAACAUUCAUAGCUUAAGCAGCACCAUUUUUUAAAAAUGUAAUUGAAAAAUUAAGUGUGAAUGCGGAAGCAAACAUUGUCUGCCCUAUUAAACCUGGUGCCCAUUAACAGUGUUUACACUGUUCAUUGUGCCUGUUAUAAGAUAGUUUUAGUUUAUUGGAGCUUUUGUUAAGACCAGAUUUGUUUCUGAGUUACAUUAUUAUGAGUGUUGGAAUUCAUUUAAGUUUAAUGUAGUCCUAGUGCUCUUGAAAUGGUGCCCUUUUCAUUUUUAUAUGAUUUUUCCAAAGCAUAUCUUCAAAUAUUAUAGUAUCCUCUUCCAGAAGAGGAGUUUUAUAGUCUGAUGGUAAAUGUCCUCGUCUUACCUUUUUAAUUGAAGUGUCAAGUUUCCUAAUUAUACUAUGGGAACCAAGAAACGUCAGACAUCAUUGUGUGUAUACAGACCUUUCUCUGCAUGGGUGAGUGAAUGCAGUGGAGAAGAGAGUGAGUGCUGCGAAUGGUGUGAAACAGAAGCCCCAGCUUCUAGUGGCUGUCUUGAUCUUUGCAAUAAACUAAACUUAGAUAAUGUAACUUUGUAUAAUUUAGUAGUAUGUACUUGGGUUGUUCCUUUUUUAAAGUGAGGAUUUGUAUUUUCUCAUCUGUUCUUUUUGGUAAUUAACCUGAGUGUUUUGGGUUUUUUUAAUAUCAGCAAUUGCUAUUGUAUGGUUUGCCUAAAAGACAAUUUAAAUGUCAUCUUGGAAGGACACUCAAAUUUAUAAAAUAGAAGCAAUUUCGUAGAUAACAGGCUGAACAGAAAUAUUUUACCUUGCCAGAUGGAGAUUUGGGGGGCAUAUCUGGGCUAAUCUGAGGUUAGUAACUCCCUCACUACCUUCCCAUUUAAAAAAUAAUCUUCAUUACAGAAAAUUCAAAUAGGCAAAAAAAGGGGGGUUGUUAAGCAAAAUCAACUAUCAUCCUACUAUGCUGAAAUAACCAAUGUUAAUAUUUUGGUAAAUAUCAUUUGUCCUUUUACUUUGCUAAAUAUGUAUAUUUUUAUAAAAAUGGGCUCAUACUUGCAUACUGUUUUGUAACCUGCUUUUUUCACUUAAUAAUAUAUUGUAAACAUCUUU